GUUCCUGAACACACAAAUAGGUGUCUCCGAUUGCGCCUGUGCAAAAAAAAAAAACUUAGCUUUAAAUGACGACCAGUAGGACUUAACAUAGAAGUACUUUUUUUUUUUUGUGUGAAGCCGAAUCAUUUGGAUUAAACGACCUGACUUUUUGGAGAUGAGUGUGGAAGUGGAAAGAAAGUUUCUGUGCAAUGCUGACAUUCUGAAAACACUGGAAGAGACUGAGGUAACAUGUGUUGGCCAGCACCAGUUUAAGGACCAGUACUUUGACAGCCCCAACUUUGACCUGACUUUGAAAGACAUGUGGCUGCGUAAACGUAAAGAAUGCUGGGAACUCAAGAGCCCGACAGCAGAGGAGACAAGUGGAGAACAAUCCAAAUCAGCAGCCCUGUGUACUCGCUACAAGGAGAUAACCAAUCUGCCUGAAAUUCAACUGCGAGUCAAAGAGGUCUUAAAAGAUGUUUGUGAAGACACAGAGAAAUCCUCUUCAAUGGAGAACGAGUCUUGGCAUAGCAAAAUGAAUCUGGCGUGCUUUGCAGAGUUUACAACGGUGCGCCGGUCGUUCAUUUUAGAGGACGGAGUGCGCAUAGAUCUUGACCAGGCUGACUUUGGCUACCAUGUGGGAGAAAUAGAGGUCCUCGUUCCAGAGGAAGGGGAUGUGCAGUCUGCCCUGGAGAAGAUUGAAAGAACAGCUAGAAAGCUUGGUCUGGCUGGAGAUCAGCGAGUCGAGGGGAAAAUGAGUGUUUACCUCAAGAGAAAUAAUCCGGAGCAUUAUGCAAAACUACUGAGAGCACACGUUUUGUGA